GCACGAUUUAAAGUCUUUGGCAGCUAGCCAGUGGCCACGUAUACAGGAGGUAGUCUAAGCAUGCUCAUUUUCGUUGCCCAUGGGUUGCGGCUCAAGCAUACACAAUGUUCCUACGGUCAACGGCAACGAUCCACGCAAUAACAGAAAAUUAGACAAAGGACAACGACGACAAGGGGAUCUAGACCAAGGACAACGACGCCAAGGGGAACUAGACCAAGGACAACGACGCCAAGGGGAACUAGACCAAGGACAACGACGCCAAGGGGAUCUAAACCAAGGACAACGACGCCAAGGGGACCUAGACCAAGGACAACGACGCCAAGGGGAACUUGACCAAAGACCACGGCGCCAAGAACUACAUCAGGGACAACGACCCCAAGGGGAACUAGACCAAAGGCAACGACGCCAAGGGGAACAACAUCAAGGACAACAAGAUCAAGCAGUACAAGUAUUUUUUCCCAGCAAUUACACAGGAAUACCAGAGGUAGCCGAAACACCACACCUUGUGAAUAUACUACCCAAUCAAGAGAUAUAUCUUAGCAUUGCGCUUCAAGUAGUUGACACAGGACAAGAAGUUACUGUAGAAGAAGAUAUUGUGCAAUCUGCUAGUCCAGAUGAUAUUAGGUUGAGCAUGAGUAAUGACUUAGACGUAGCUGCUACAAAUAUUCAAGUUAGGCAGGGAAGCGUCAUCAUAGAUAUGAAAGUCAUUGGGUGGGAGUCGCUGGAGAAAUUAUUGAAAAGCAGUAAAAAUGGACAAUUAGAGAAGUGUCUGAAAAAAGUGCUCUUAACCCCUGAUAUCACCAAAGGAAAAGAUAUGUCUCUGAAGAUGCACAUUGUAAAUGAGGAUAAACUGCGAAAAUUGGUGAAACUAAUGAAGCUACUUUGUGUGAAGGACGCUGAGAAGGGAAAUGGGCAAAGUUCCGAGAGCGUGAGAUUUACGUUCUGUCCAGAGAGACGCAUGUGGUUCUGGACCCCAUACCACAACAAACCUAUCUGGAUGGAGGUUAGCCAUGAGAGAGUUCGAGGCGGACCCCGUCAGGGACAUGCUCCUGCAGACAAAUACUUGGAGAUCAUAAAAUUUCUACAACAAGAAAAACCAACUUUGAAGGACAAUACGUCAGCAUGCGUCAUAUGUGAUUUGGUAGGCCCGCCUACGAAAAUAAGCGUCAGUCCCCCAAGCGCGGGAACCAAAAACAGGACAACUGGUAUGGAAGGUGGGGCAAGCGGGACACAAGAAGUGGAAGAUGACCAAAACAUGAGUGUCCCCUUGAAUAGAAAAGAUAAGCUGAGGGUUUCAAGAGAUUCAGGUUAUGGCUCACCACGAGACCCUCCGGAUGCCUCUAGCGGUGACCAGGGUGAAAAUGAUUGAGAUGAUAUGGAAGAGUCGCCGGAAUUCAUUGAACAUUCGCUAAUAAGUAUUAGCAUAAGAGUAGAAAACACUAAAACCGCGUUCAGAUAAACAUAUCAUAAUGGUUGGAUCGAUCCAGCUCAGCUGUGGAUUGUAGCUAAAGUGCAUUCAGUGUAAUCAGCUUAAUUUUCUGAUACGCCUCUUUAAAUUAAAGAGCUUCCGAGAGCUUGGCACGCAUGAUAAUAUUAAUUACCCCCUUGCUGGUUUAGGAGGAAUGCCAUGCAUAAUUAGCAAAAAUUAGUUAGCCAAUGCAGAUGUUUAGUUGACAUUGCAUUACACGGAACUAGGACUCCUACACUUUUUUAUGUUCAGUGCAUUGAACCUCGCCGUUGACGGAAUUUUGCACAGUUUAUUUAUUUUGAUUUUGUUGCAAGCAGGAAUUGACUAUCAUAUGACCACUGUAUGGUCGAGUUAAUCAUACAGUGAUUAGAUAAACUUAUUUAUUUAUUUAUAUAUUUAAUAACAAAUCUAAAAACUAUUAUUUUCACAUGCAAAAAUACCCCUCAAGUUCAGUUGUAAGUUAAAUGUUAGAGCAAACUCUGAAACUCCAUGUUUAAGCCCCGAUCCUAAAGCAGAGUCGUAAUUAAGAAUUUUCCAUUAACUUUAUUUUGAUAACAUAUACAACCAUACCAUGUAAACGAUGCUAAUUACUGUGAUACAAAAUUAAUCAGAGGGGUUUGUCUUUUAUAUUGUUCUCAU